AUGGACUCUGGCAUGGCGUUCAUGGGUGACUCCGAGGCGUUCAUGGAUGUUGAACCCUCUCAGUCCUAUAACCCACAAAUACCGUCAGAACCUCGUACCUCAGUCUCUCAAGCUGGUGGCAUUGCAGAAGCAGUUCUGACCAAAAUGGACCAUUUGUAUGAAGAAAUGAGAGCACUUGUCGCUUCAGUUCCGCAGGCCCGGGACCCCUUUCGUGACCUGUUGGUCAAAGUUCAUAUUAGGAGACCGGACAGGGACGCGUGGACAUACCUAGGUCGUGGCAUUGUUUCGCAGGAAGGUGCAGGUCAACCGGGACAAUCGUACCGCAUUGUCGUGAGGUCAGCGGCAUCGAAGAAGAUUAUGACUAGUUUUGGAGAGGAUGCCGCUGUUCAAGCAGAGAAGCGAGGCAACUUCGUCGUGAUAGGCUGCGUUGAAGGCAAUCGGGUAGUCUCCUGGUCCCUCAACGCACAGAACAAUUCGGAGACACUUCGUCUUCUCGCAAGCAUUGACCUUGCUUGCUACUCGCGCAAACACCUUGUAACCGACCCCCACAACGCGCACCGCCGGCGCAUAACCCGGAUUAUCAAGGAUGACCGCAAACGACGACACAAACGCCGCAAAGAUCAGGACUCCAUGGUGGCUGCAUUUGCCCGCACAGGUCUCAGUUCUGAGGCGCCCGAACCACUGGCCGGGCCCUCAACGAUAUGA